CAAAUUCACGAUGUUCAUUAUCAUCACUUUAAGCUAAACUUUUCAUUAGCCAUUUUUUGUUUAAUGUAAUGCAACGUGGUGCGUAGUUUCUUCAAUUUUUCAUCACAGUGUUGCACCAUAGUCAACACACUGCUCCCUUUCACAGCCAGCUAAUUCACUUGGAAAAUCGUUGAGGUUGAACACUUUUUGGAGUUGUUCGUUUGUCCAUAUGGAUCAAGAAGAUCUGCAAUCGUUUAGUAGAAGGCGUGUGGAGUUUCGUUUAUGCAAUGUAUCAGGCUACACCAAUGAAUUGCUGGAGAUUCACUCGGAUAAUCCAUCAUUGCACGUAUUGUUCAUACCUGGAAAUCCAGGGAUUAUUUCGUUUUAUAAAGAUUUUGUGGAAUCAUUGUAUCAGUUGCUUGGAGGCCGUGUUUCUAUAACAGCUAUUGGACAUAUAUGUCAAACGAAGAAGGACUGGGAAGGUGGAAGGUUAUUUUCAUUACAAGAACAAAUUGAUCAUAAGAUUGAAUUUGUUAAACAAGAGCUACAGAACAAAGAAAUUCCACUACUACUGGUUGGGCAUUCUAUUGGAUCGCCUAUCUCCAUUGAAUUGUGCCGUUGGUUCCCGGAUCGGGUUGUGUAUUGCAUUGGAUUGUAUCCAUUUAUGAUGGUGAACAGACAAUCACGUUGGCAACUUCUUAUCGAAAAACUCGCAGGAUCCCCACUGCUAUCAACUUUGUUUUCUUCUUUUGCCGCGCUGUUGGGCGUAUUACCGGUUCGAGCUUCAAGUUUUGUUGUGAAAAAAACUAUUGGGAAGUCAUGGUCCAGAACUGCUAGUGAGGCUGCUUGCUCUCACUUGCUAAAGUAUCAUACGAUGCGAAAUGUGCUAUACAUGGCAAUGACGGAGUUUGAGAAGCUUUCAGAAACACCAGAUUGGAAAUUUAUGAAGAAAGCAAGUGAGAAAUUAUCAUUUUUGUUCUGUAAGGAUGAUCACUGGGCUCCUAUGCAUGUGUUUGAGGAGAUUUGCAAGCAGGUCCCUGAAAUUGAUGUAUCAGUUGAAAGGGAGGAGGGCCAUAAACAUGCAUUUUGCUGCUCUGAAGCUGGCUCACUUCAUAUUGCUCAAUAUGUGGCAAGCUUGAUCAAAAAUCAUCUCGCAGAUUAAGGUCAGAUUCUUACUGUUGUUCACACGUCUCUGUACUAUUAUCCUUAUUAAGAACUCUUAGAACAUGAGCAAAAGAAGGAACAAUGAAAGCAUUCCUGGGUUACUGAUACUGUUGGAUUAUGCUUUACUUUGAACUAGUUAUUGUCUUCGACUCGUUAUCGUCUUUUCAUCGACUCAAAUUAUGGGUUGUCUUAACAAGAAAUGUUUUGUCUAUUAGUGUAUAAUGACUAAUGAAACAUGUCGUACUUGCAUAA